GCGGAACUGUCUCGGUGGAUGUCAUCUCAAAAUGAUUCUAUGAGAGGUGCGAAGAUGUACCCAAUGUUGCGUUCUAUCAGUGUCUCCAAUGGCGGUAUAGAGCCAGUGAUAAAGGGUCUCUGUUACUGCUCGACCUAUCAGCAUCUUUUUCCAUAUUGACUUCAUCAUGAUGUGCCAAGCAUCCCCCUGGCGGCGCCGACUACAGUUUGCUGCUACUGCCAACCAGCAGAUACUCUCGUGCUGCACUUCGAAACAGCUACUGACGACGGCCAUGUAUUGUCUGCUCUCGUCUGCUCACGUGCUGUUAUAUGUUGCCGACCAAGAGUACUAGUAUCUUGAGUCUUUGAGAUAGAGGAACUGGCCGUCUCCAAAUUGUCACAAUCUCUCCCCUCACCCUCCAGACCAAACUUGAACUGCACCAGCCACGGCACGAAUCUUGUCGCGUCCUCACCAUGAAUCGUCCACGACGCGCAUCCAGCAACCUCGGGGGAGACCCUCGAGGGGACACGAGUGCGCCGGCAUUAGCCACGAUGACCAAGAGGAGUCAUUCACAGCCAUCUGCAAAGGAGCGGGAACUAAAGCCUCAUUCGAAGCGGCGCAAGGCUCGAUCGGCAUUUCGCAAAUGGAUGCAGAUAUCGACGCGACACACGUGGUUGAAUCCUCUGGUCAUCAUGGUUGCCAUUCUGGCCGCGUACUUCAUCAACCCUGGGGAGCAAAACCCGCUUCAUAAAGCGAUUUUCCUUUCGUACCCUCUCGGACCGGACUAUGAGGGAGGACCGAACAUGUACGGCAAGGGGAAGGCGGACAUUGCCUUUGUGGCCUUUUACACGGUGGUGUUGAGUUUCACGCGGGAGUUUCUGAUGCAAAGGAUGAUUCGGCCGCUGGCCUUGAAAUGCGGCAUCAAGAAGAAGGCCAAGCAGGCCCGGUUCAUGGAGCAGGUGUACACGGCCAUCUACUUUUCCAUAUUUGGACCUUUUGGCUUGUACGUCAUGUCACGAGGGCCGCUCUGGUACUUCAACACGACCGCCAUGUUUGAAGGGUUUCCACACCGCAAACACGAGGCCCUCUUCAAGGCCUAUUACUUGCUACAGGCUGCGUACUGGGCCCAGCAGGCGAUUGUGCUCAUGCUGCAGUUGGAGAAGCCCCGAAAGGACUUCAAGGAGCUGGUUCUGCACCACAUCGUCACUUUGGCACUCAUCAUCCUCAGCUAUCGCUUUCACUUUACGCACAUGGGGAUUGCUGUCUAUAUCACCCAUGACAUUAGCGAUUUUUUCCUGGCGACGUCCAAAACACUCAAUUACCUCGACUCUCCUAUCGUGGGACCAUAUUUUGGGCUUUUCAUGGUGGUCUGGAUCUAUCUGCGACACUACAUCAACCUCCAGAUAUUGUGGGCGACCCUGACUGAAUUCCGUACGGUCGGCCCGUACGAAUUGGACUGGGAAACCCAGCAGUAUAAAUGCUGGAUCAGCCAAAUCAUCACGUUUGCCCUGCUGGCAUCGUUGCAGGCCGUCAACCUGUUCUGGCUAUUUUUGAUCUUGCGCAUCGCCAAGAACUAUGUCUUUGCCAACAUUGUCGCGGAUGAGCGUAGCGACGACGAAGAUGAGGACGAGGAGGAGCAGCAGCACGACACCAAGUCCAAUGGAAAAAUAGUCGGCGAAGCAGAUGUCCAAAUAAACGGAACCACGCCCGCGGUCCUGAUCAACGGCGAGCCUGUGGAGGACCAACCCAACCAAGACGCGGUUCGAGCUCGGAGACGGAAGGGUUAGAGACGGAAAAAGAGAUGGCGAGAGGAAGGGGAAAAAUUAAUUACCUACUUUUUAAUACUUGUCCCGGGUUUGGACACUAUUUUGUUCUUGCACAAUUAUGGUAUAUUUUAUAUUCACCUUGUUUCAAAAAAAAAAUGAAAAUAGAUAUGAAAACGAGCGAAAGUAUGUCAUACAGCAAGCAGAUGACCAGUUAUUGUACUCUCCAACCGAGUCCGUCCUUUACUCGCCAUCUAUGGGAACUUAAGA